UUCACAUUUUAAGUUGUAUCAUAAAAUCCCUAAUUCGCCGUGAAUCGUCCUUCACUCCACUGAUCAACACUUCAUCCCCUCCGGCCUCUCUCCGUCAUAGAUUUGCUUAUAUGGAUUCGUUUUCGACAUCGGAUUUUUCACCGGGAACGUCGUCGUUGAAACGGAACUCUGGUGAUGUUGGAUGGGAAUACGGAACUUUGUAUGACCCGAAGAAUCCAGAUAGAGUGAAAUGCAAGCUGUGUGGGAAAGCAAUGGGAGGAGGUGUGUAUAGGAUUAAGGAGCAUAUCGCUCACCGUAAAGGGAAUGUAUCCUCGUGUCCGCGGUCUACGAAAGAAGACCAGUCCAAAUGUAUGAAAGCGAUCUUGGAAGCGAAGAACAAGAAGAGGAGAAUGAAUAGAGAAACGGAUUUGUUUAGUUUCGCGGUUGGUAUUAACAAUGAGAGGGAUAGAGAAGAUGAUGAAUUGGUGGAUAUAGUUCAAGGUCCGAUGGAUAAGUUCGUUACUCCUGAGGAUUCUUUAGGUGGUGAGACAGGACAAGAAAUAGGUAAUGAUUUGGUUGUGCAUCAGUAUUGUGCUAGAUGGAUAUAUGAUUCUGGUAUUGCUUUUAAUGUCGUUGAGAGCGAUUCGUUUAGGUUGUUUUGUGAAGCUUUAGGAAGGUUUGGAACUGGUUGGGUUCCACCAAGCCAGUGUGAACUUAGGGGUACAUUGUUAAAGGAGGAAGAAGAAGUUAUUACUGAGAAACUUAAGAGUGUAGAGGUAGAACGGGAAUAUUAUGGUUGUUCUGUACUGAUAGAUGCAUGGAGUAGUGGCACAAAGAAGAACGUUGUGAAUUUUUGUGUCAAUUCAAGAGAAGGGACUAGUUUUGUUUCUUCUAAAGAGGUCUCGAAGGAAUCUCAGACUGGUGCGUUUAUCUUUGAGUAUGUUGAUAAAUGCAUAGAAGAUGUUGGUGCUGAGAAAGUUGUUCAGGUGAUAACUGACUGUGCGGAGAACAACUUGGCAGCUGCAAGGAUGUUGAAAGAGAAGAGACCAGGUAUAUUUUGGUCAGCAUGCGCUGCUGAUACUGUUAAAUUGAUGCUUGAAGACAUUGUUAAGUUGCCAAAGAUUUCAAAGUACAUUGAUAAAGCUAAAGCUGUGACCACGUUCAUAUAUGGUCAUGAAAAAACGUUAGCUAUGAUGAGAUGUCGUAUAAAGGAAAGGGGUACUGUAAGGCGUGGAGUCACAAAAUUUGCUACAACCUUCUUGACGUUGCAAAGCUUGUUGGAGAAUAAAGAACAGGUUAAAUUUAUGUUUGUUAGUGAUGAAUGGGACAGAUGCAAGGAAUCCAAAUAUGUAAAGGGUAGAAGUUCUUACUACACCUGUUUAAGUCCUGCGUUUUGGAAUGGGGUUGAACGAGUUGUGAAGGUUUUGGAGCCUUUGGUUAACGUUCUUAGGAUGGUCGAUGGAGAGAAAAAACCUUCAAUGGGGUUUGUUUAUGGAGAAUUAGUAGAAGCGAAAAGAUCUAUCAAAGGGGCUACUAAUAAUUUGGAAAAGUAUUACCAACCUAUCAUUGAGAUCAUUGAUGAGAAAAUCAAAGGUAGGUUGGAUACUCCAUUACAUUUGACUGCCUACUUGUUGAACCCGUUUUACUUCUAUAACGAACCAACCGUUCAGCUGGAUGCGAGACUCAUGACUGGCUUUCUCAAUUGUGUUGAGACUUUUUACCAUGGUGAGUUCGAGAAACAAGGUAACGUUGUCAAUGAGUUUAAAAAAUAUGAGGAUAAACUUGGAUUUUUUGGAAAGCCUCUUGCUAUAAGAGGAUGUGAACAGAACACCGAUAAGUUUGAACCAGGGAAUUGGUGGUCAACAUACGGAACAGGUGUGCCUAAUUUGUUUAAACUAGCAAUGAGGAUUCUCACUUUGACUUCUAGUUCAUCUGGUUGUCAACGAAACUGGAGUACUUUCGAAGAGAUUCACAAAAGUGAGAGGAAUAGACUAGACGUUGAUCAAAUGAACAGUCUAGUAUAUGUGCAAUUCAAUUCAAAGUUAUUCAACAAGCGAAAGAGGAUCAAAGAGGACAAUGCUGAUGUGCUCGUUGAUGGUGAUGACGAAGAUGUAGAGGAGUGGUUUAUGGAGCUGGAUGGAGAAGGAGAAGAAAAUGAACUUAUUGAAGAUGGUGAUGAUCAUCCCUUCCACAUUGAGUUUGAAUCAGAGGAUGAGCAAGUGUGAUUGUUGUGGGUGCGUUUGGAGGAGUAAACUAUAUUUAGUCUAUUAUGCUAGUAUUUAACUUGCCUUUAUUUUUAGUGACUGGAUUUGAGUGCUACUAGCUAAAAUAUCAAUAUAUAUGAUAAAGUAGCAUUUGUAGGAAAUUUAAUUGGGAGAAUUAUAAAUAAAUGAUCUUUUUC